GUUUUCUUCGUUUCUUCGUCGUUUUCGCAGUUCAACUUUGGUUGUCGUUUCAAUUUCAAAAGAAGAUAAUGUCCCUUCCUCCUCCGUCUGAUACAUUGCCACAAUGUACGGACCAAACCCCUCUCUCUGAAGACACUACCAAACCACAAAUAAACCCUUCAACCACUCUUCAGGCCGGUUCGUUGGACGAUGCCACCAAUGUUCUUGAAAGAAAGCCUGAAUUAGUUGAAAGCUUCUUUGAUUCAGAUACUCCAGAUUACACAGAGAAGUACAACAAAUAUGAAGCUGACUUUGUUUGUCGCCUGAAGGCCAAAUAUUUCUCCAAAAAGGACUUGUAUGGAGGUGUUAUAUUUGACAAGGAAGAUACCAUAGAUGACGAGAUUAUCAAGUCAAGCAGGUUGCCUCCUACAUGGUCAUUUACAGAUCCUGUUCAUAGUUUUGAAGAUCAAAACAGGUUUUCGGCUUCUGCUCCAGAAACAUCCACCAAUCAGCCAAACAAGAAACCGCAAUGUAAAAAGAGCAGCAGUUAAUCCAUUCCCUUACCUCCCCUCAGGAAAACCCCAUAAAAUUUAGCCCAUGUGAAUUAACCCUUGUAGUCUUUACCAGUUACUGGAGAAGGUAAACCGAUAUUUUCCAUGAUUUUGAACUAUUGCAUGAAAUGGUGACUUCAUUGGAUUUGGCAUUUUCAUCCCUG